AUGAGCUCUCAUGCUGCUUUGGAUUGGAAAGGGAGUAGGUUCAGACACCAUAACCCAGGAUUAUUGGUGGCAUGGCACAUUGGACCACACCAGGAUUGGCCAGGACCAGAAAAUAACACUGUCCUCUACUGUGAAAUGGGAGUAUGCUACAGGGACUUUGAAGAAUCUGAUGAGAUAACUUAGGAUCCAGCAGCUGCAUCCAUCUCAGAUGGAGACUGUGAUGCCCGAGAAGGAGAGACUGUAGCCAUGAAUUACAAACCAUCCCCACUCCAAGUGAAAUUGGAGAAACAGCGAGAGCUCGCUCGAAAGGGUUCCUUGAAAAAUGGCAACAUGGGCAGUCCAGUCAACCAGCAGCCCAAGAAGAAUAACGUGAUGGCUCGAACAAGGCUGGUUGUCCCCAACAAAGGAUACUCUUCACUUGAUCAGAGUCCAGACGAGAAGCCAUUGGUGGCCCUUGACACGGACAGUGAUGAUGACUUUGACAUGUCCAGAUAUUCCUCCUCGGGCUACUCCUCAGCAGAGCAGAUCAACCAAGACUUGAACAUCCAGCUGCUGAAAGAUGGUUACCGGUUAGAUGAGAUCCCCGAUGACGAGGACCUCGACCUCAUCCCCCCUAAAUCUGUGAACCCCACGUGCAUGUGCUGCCAGGCCACUUCCUCUACUGCCUGCCACAUCCAGUAACGGCCAGCAUGGGCCAGGACAGGGGCAGAGGGGGGAGGAGGCACAUCUGGCGCCCAUUCCCUCCCUGGUUCCCUUUCUGGGCCCUGGUCCUGGCCUUAGCUACUGGCCAACUUCUUAACAGCCAUUUCUUCCUCCUAUGGUAGGACGUGUACCUCUGUGUUCAUGAAGCCGGGAGAAACCAAAAUGAGAUUUCACUGGGGAGUGGGGGUGGGGGGAGGGUGGUAGGAGCUCUUUGUUCAUUGAUUUGUUUAAAGGGGACUCAGCCAGCUUCCCUUUCUCCCUAAAACCACCACCACCUCCAUUGGCUUCCCAGCCAUGACUGUCUCCAGCAGACAGACUGGCCAAAAAUCUGGGGGAGAGCAGGAGGGGAAGAUGGGAGAAGGAGAGAUACCAGGGGUUAGUGAGGGCUGAAAGGGGACUGACAAGGGAAGCAGCCUGGAGCUCUGGCCUCCACAGGCCUAAGCUAAGUCAGUCUGUGCUUCAUUCAGAAGAGAGCUCUGCCAGAUUGUCCUCAGGCCAAGCCAUGACCCAGUCUGAUUUCCCAGGAUGCUGAGACUCAAGGUCUUCCCCCAGAGGUCCUUGGAGAUGGCCCCAUGAUGAUCUGCUGCAGACAUAGGACACCUGGCAGCUGAAGGACACCCCAAAGAUCCCUCCUGGAAUGGCUCAAGAAGGCCAGCUCCAGGGCCACUCAGCCUAGCCUGGCCUGCCUUGCCCUGGCUCAGCCUCGUGAUGUGAACCGUGGAAACUCGUUAUCUUUCCUGGCCCUGGCUUGUCCUCCUCCUGCCUUCUGACCUAUACGCUGAUUUUUAGAGUUUUUUUAAUGUUUAGUCUCCAUCUCCCCUCCCCUCCUGUUCCGUCCAACUCGAGCACAGCUUCUUGGCUUCAUUUCCCAUCCUUUUUCCAGGGGAUAUAAGGGUAAAGGGGAGCCCUCCCAUCUCUACCACCAGGGGAGCAACUUCUUCUCUUGCUGUCGUCCUCUGUCUGUCUUCCUCUUCCUCUCUCUGUUACCUACUGUCUGUGUUUUUUUCCUCUCCCUCUCUCUGUGUAGUAAGGAAAAUGGAGUAGCAGUGUACAUGGAAUCAGGACCAAGGUGGGAAUGAGGAUGAAUUCCCAUCUGCCUAGUUCUGUUGAUGCCCCACUAGGUUUUUAGGGGUGGUGGUGAAUAGAGGGAACUACCUCUGGCCCAGCCUCACCCCACUCCCCCCCAUCUCCCUGCCUUUGUGGGGAGCUGGAAGCAGGAAAGGAGAGGGAGUUACUAAUGUCAGUCCCCCUCCCCUACUUUGUAGUCAGCUAGAGGCAAGCCUCACCAGGCCUUCCUGCCUCCCUUGCCCUAAGGUUCUGCCUUUCCCAGCAGGCCAAGAUGUCCUUUGGAUUUGUAGUCCAGUUACUGCCUCUGAACCUGCUCUCCCUUACCCACACAACUAGCUUCCUUCCCACUGUUACUCAUGAGUGAGCUGAACUUGCUGCUUGGGAAGUCACCACCUUUGUCUACAUCCUCCCCUUCAUGAGACUCAGAGGAGGCUGUAUAGAAUAGGCAUUUUCAGGGAAGUGUGUGUGUGUAUGUGUGUGUAUGAUUAUGUGUGUACACAUAUAUGUGUGUGUGUGUCUGUCAGUAUAUGUCUUUGGGUAGUAUGUCUCUGUGUGUAUCUGUUUCUGCCUGUGUGUGUGUGUGAGAUAUGUCUGUAUAAGUGUGUGUAGGGUAUGUACAUGCACAUCUGUGCUACUGCUGGUAUUUCUGUUUGGGUUAGAAGGGUCAAAAAAUCCUGGGCCCUUCUUCCCUCUUCCUGAGGGUCCUGGAUCCUGAGUUUGCCUCCCCUUAGUAGGGAAGGAGAGAACACGAUCCCAUGUGCCAAGGGAUGCUCCUAGUUUCAGGAUGGGCAGUGACCUCAAAGGCUGAUGGAAGUACAAGGGAAAACUUCUUGCUUACCGGGACUUGCCUAGCUCUCUGGAGCUGUGUGUUUGGUAAAAACAAAAAAUCAUUUGGGGAAGGAGGGAAGUCCAGAGGGUCCCUGCCUUUAGGGCUGGGAGGUGGAAGGAGCAGGAUCAAAGUGGACCAGACCAAGCCAGGCUUUGGUCUCCUUUAUCCCAAUCUGGGUUGGGCCAGCCCUGGAAAAGUUGAUUUGUGAAACAGUCAAGGUCUUCAGGACCCUCCCCAAACAUAAGCCCAGCAAGGCUGUUCCCUCCCUGUCUAUCCUCUCACCUAUCUUUUUGUGCCCAGCCUCAGCCUCCCCACCUCUUAAGUGGGAUUUGGGAUUGGGGUACAGAUUAUAGACUAGCCCAAGAUUUCUCAAGCCUAGUUAACCUAAGGGAAAAAGAUCUCCCUGUCUUGAUGGGUAGAGGGGAAAGGAGUGCCCUCCCCCUCAGUCCUUCAUAUGGUACCACAUACAGGUAUAGUCACUCAUUUGUUGAACCAUCACUCCCCCUUACACAGUUACAUACAUACAUAUGUAUAUGUAUAUACAUAUAUAUAUGUGUGUGUGUACAAAAAUAAUAUAUAUAUAUGUGUGUGCGUGUAUAUGUAUAUAUACAACCACACUCAGUGUCCAAACACUGUUAAAUGUAGAGGCCAGUUUUGACUCUGAGAGGGUGAAGAGGUUAUUACCCUACCCACUACGGUUUGCAGGCUCCUCAGAAACACCCACCUGACCCUUAGGGGGAUGGGGAUAAGUGGGCAGCCAUGUAUAAGUUGUAGCUCCCAUCCCCCUCCAGUGACCACUCCCACCUAGUGUAAGGUAAUGGCGGCAUUCCUGAGGGUAGAGUGGUGCUCAUGGGAAGUGAGAGACCCAACCACAAGCAGGCCUGCAAAUCAUUGGGGCAGAAAUAGACUGACCAUGAGGGCUCCACUGGUUUAUUCCUGUCCCCCAUUCAUGUGCAAGAAGCCUUCUGACCCCCAGAAAUAGUGUUCUUCCCUUUCUUAAGUCCUAUUCUGCCCUAUUUCAAGUACCAAGACCUCCCCUCUUCCCCUAGACCCAUUCUAUAUGGUCAGCCCCCCUGAGCCUACCUGUCUUCUUGCAUCUUCCAUCUCAGGUGGACUCUAUAACUUCACUUUUAACUAGAGACUGGACCAUCACCAAAAUCAGGAUGGCUUAGUCCCUUAGAAUGGAAAUGGGAUACCUGUGUUCUGAUGUGGGUUUGACUGAUUAGCUUUGUGCUUGCUCUCCCUGGGUCCCUGUAGGUUAAGGAUAAGGAUAAGGAAUCAAGGAAAUGAGAGAAAAUUCUUUGUGGAGGUGGUGGUGGUACCUCAUCUCGCUGCUGGGAGCCAAGGUAUUCUCCCCUCUGUUGUCUGGCCCCCAGGCUGGGAGAGAAAGGGAGGAGGGAGGGAGGCAAAAGCCGUCCAGACCACUUCAUGGGGUUUGGAAGAAUCAAGCUUUCUGUGGAACUCCCCCUCUCCCAUGAUAUGACCCCUUCCUGCAAUCAUAACCCCUUCCUCCCAGCUCACCUCCUGACUUCCUCCCCUUCAUCCCUCUGACCCUAUCCAUGUAGGUACUUGCCUUAACCUCGCUGGUCCCCAGCCCUGCCCCUGGCCCUCAACCCAGUCCUCAUGACUGUGGGUUCUCUUCCUUUGAAGUGUCAGUUACUCUGCAUUAAUUUAUUUAAAAGGUGUGUUUUUUGGAGACAUGAGACAUGUAUAAUAUUUUUUUAACAUUUCCAUCGCAGUAUUUAUCAUUGUUCCUGGUUAUGUGUCGUGUAACACAAUUAAUAAUAUUAAAAAGCAU